CCUUUUAUGGGUAUUUUUUGACGCCUCUUAUUGCCAAUCUUUUCAUUUGUUCAAAUUGCUAGGUUUUUACUUAUUCCUUUCCCGUUGUGUUUUGGUUGUCACGUUGCUACGACUGCAAACUACCAGCAGACGACAGCUGACUGACAGCUCAGGACAGCUCUGGUACUGACAGAAGCAGAAAAGCUUGUUUCCAACGCUAUAAUGGCUGAUGAUGGUGAUAAUGAGGGUGUUACUGAUUCACCCAAGAAAGGACCAACCCUCUCAACCAGCACAAGCAGUUUUGAAGCUCUCGAUCCACAUGAUCCGAACCUUAGUCGCCUCGCCACCACUAUGUUUCAGAAAACGUCUGACUACUUGUUUGGUGAACUGACUGCCACACAGGAGGACUACAGGCUUCUAGAAACCAUGAACCAAGCUACCAUAGCAAAGUACUCUGAUAUGAAACAAAUUUCUGGCAACAUAUCGCGUACUAUGGCAGAUCUCAAUGAAAAAUAUAUGAGCCUCCAGCCUUACUUGGACCAAAUUGACCAAAUAGAAAGCAGUGUGAAUAAAUUGGAGCAAGCGGCCUAUAAAUUGGAUGCCUACAGCAAACGUCUUGAAGCCAAAUUCAAGAGCUUGGAAAAGAGAUAAUUUCUUGAAUACCAAGUCAAUAAAAAAUGUGAUAUUUCUUUUAAUAAUCAAUCAAUUGCUGUUGAUUUUUUGAGUGAAGAUGCAUUUACAAUCAUGUACAUUGUGGAAAGUUAAUAUUAAUACAAUUUUGUCAAUUA